AUGAGUGAAACGAGGAAACGAAAAAGAACUCGAUUCUCCGAAGAUGUAGAGUUUUACGAAUAUCAAGGCGAUUUCGACGAAAGCAGAGGCGAUUUACAGCGCUACAGCACGAUGGUGGCAAUCAGACAAAUGCGCGAAGAGGCACAACGAAAAGAGGCCGAAGUCGCUGCAAGGAAUCGAAUGUCAGAAACGUUGGACGAAUCCCGAACUUCAGUCAACAAGUCACUCAAAGCAGAUUCCCCAAGUUCUUCAAAGCGAAGUCUUUUGGAUGCGGUAUGCGGAAUGCUCUUCUCCGUCGACAAUUUCAAUCGUUACUCGCGAAAAGCUUUCUACUUUUUGACUCAUGGCCACUCCGAUCACUAUGGAUCAUUGUCGUACACAUGGAAGCGCCAAAUCUAUUGCAGUGAGAAAACCGCCGAAUUGCUGCCGUAUCUUACAUCAAGGAAGAAUCGGACAGGCACCCUUGGCGCUGGUAUUAGUAAACAGUUGUUACACUCAAUACCACUUGGCAUCGCUCAGGAUUUGGGGAAUUUUACGAUCACUUUAUUAGAUGCGAAUCAUUGUCCUGGAUCUGCCAUGUUGUACUUUAAAGGAAACGAUGAGAUUUUUGCUCAAGGGCCAAUUCUUUUCACAGGAGAUUUUCGCGCCGACCGAACGCUUUUUGAACGUUUUGAUUCGGAUCCUAAUUAUCAAGAGCUGACACAGGUCGAACUCGGUCACGUUUUCAUUGAUGACACGUAUCUAUGGGAUGAAACCUCAAGUUUCCCACCGAGAGAUGAGUUAUUUCCACGUAUCUACGAGACGAUUCGAUGGAUUCCCCGAAAUUAUCGGAUCUUGUUUCCACUGCACAAGCUCGGGAAAGAGAACGCGCUCAUCAAAAUUGCCAAAUAUACUGGGGAAAAGAUUGCGCUCGAUGCGGGUCGAUGGAGUGUCAGAGAAUCGCUAUUUUCCCCCGAAGAGUUGCAACAUUUCGUGGAACCCGAGGAAAAUUCAAGCACUGUACGGAUACAUGUUUGUUUAAGACGAUUAACAGGUGAUCUUUAUGAGGCUUACGGCAAAAAAGCUUUCAAAUGCAAAGUGAUCAAUUUGACAAUGCAACGAAAGACAUUGAGCCGCCGAAUUCCCGAAGAGAAUAUCUUCUCUUUCCCUUAUUCCGAUCAUUCAUCAUUCGAGGAAAUUCAUCGAUUUUUGUCUCGUCUGCGGAUAAAAAACUUACACCCAUGGAGCAAUCGAGACGUCAAAGAUGAUGAACGCUGGAAAAUCCUGCUCCAAGCUUGUGCUGUGGAUAAGUCAACAACAUCAUCAACCAAUGCUCUUCAUGAGGUUUUGGCUCAAAAUCUUCGCGAAUCAUUAGAAGCACUUCCCAUUGAAACGAUUCCAUUUCUGGAGGCUGAUGGACUUGCACUCAACCGUUUGGCUCCACCAUUGGACGCCGCAUCGACUCCAUAUUCCACUAUGCCGCUAGGGAUUGACUGGACGAAUCGUGUGUUGAGAGAAAAAGCG